AUGGACAACAUUCACCUUGUACAGGAGCUUAUGCGCGGAUACGAGAAUAGGAAUAAUGCCCCGAAAUGUGCAGUGAAGAUCGACCUCCGCAAGGCAUACGACACCGUGGACUGGGACUUCCUAAGGGCAGUCCUACAUGGCCUGAAUCUUCACCCUAAAUUUGUAUUUUGGGUGAUGCAAUGUGUCUCGUCCCCGAAGUUCUCGUUGUCCAUCAACGGGAGCCCUCACGGUUUCUUCUCCGGCAAAAGGGGUCUUAGACAGGGAGAUCCCAUGUCGCCUACUCUCUUUAUCUUUUGCAUGGAAUACCUUUCUAGGCUCUUGGCAGCCCGUACUAUGAACUCUAAUUUUAAUUUCCAUGCAAAAUGUGAGAAGGAGAGAAUCACGCACCUUGCAUUUGCUGAUGAUCUUAUGUUGUUUGGCAGGGGCGAUUACAUGUCUAUGGAGAUCCUAGCAAACACAUUGGAGGAAUUCUCAAGCUGCUCGGGACUAGAGAUUAAUAAGGACAAAUCCAACAUUUUUGAGGGAGGGAAGUUAGCUAGGAGGGACUUGGACGAGAUUAAGGGCAUCUUCGGCUUCCCACUAGGGUCCCUACCAGUGAGAUACCUAGGGGUGCCUUUGGAUUCGAAGAAGCUAAACAUCAUGCACUACUCCCCCCUCAUCGAGAAGAUCGCCUCACUCACGAAGAAAUGGACGGGUAAGAACCUUUCAUAUGCCGGUAAAACUGAACUUGUACGGUCUGUUUUGCAGGGCGUCGAGUGCUAUUGGCUGCAGGUCUUCCCGUUGCCAUCAAACGUGAGAGACCGGGUGAUAGCAAUCUGCCGGGAGUUUCUUUGGGGAACUAAGUAUGGAGCAGUAGCAUGGAAGGAUCUUUGCCUGCCCAAGGAGGAAGGAGGGCUCGGCCUCCGGGACCUUGGGGCUUGGAACAAAGCACUCCUUGCCCGAUACCUAUGGAACAUACACAUCAAGAAGGACUCCCUUUGGAUCAAGUGGAUCCAUACCGAAUUCAUCAAGGGCAAAUCGAUCUGGGAAUGGAAGUUGAAGUCCCGGGACUCCCCACUUUUCAAGAGACUGAUCGAGAUCCGGGAUGAGAUGCAAGCCGAUUGCCAACAGCGAGACGUCGAGAGGCUGUGGGAGAAGUGGUACGCAACAAAAGGGACAGCUGAGGCCUAUAACUGGUUUAGGCCUAAAGGGGAACGAAAACUCUGGCAACGGUUCAUUUGGAAGGAUUUCAUCCCUCCAAAGUAUUCGUUCACGACCUGGCAAGCGCUAAGGAACCGACUACCGACAAGGGACAGGCUCGGUUAUGCUGACAUUGACCAAAGAUGUCCACUUUGCAACACAGGCACCGAAUCAGUGGACCACCUCUUCUUCAAGUGUACCAAGACAAGAGAAGUUUGGCGUGUGAUCAAGACAUGGGUUGGCAUGAGGAGGCCAAUCACAACCAUACCGAGCGCGAUCAAGUGGUUCCUUAAGGAGCGCAGUGGUGUAACGGUGAUCCGGAAGGCAAGGAGCCUGGCCCUUAUUGCCGCGAUCAGCUUAAUGUGGAGAGCUAGGAACGCCGUAAUUUUUGAUGGAGCUACCUUUGAGCCGAAGCACCUGAUCUUCCAGAUUAAGAAAAUCACUUACGCUACACUCUACACCAUGUUCCCGCACGAGACGGUCCAGGAGCACCUUGGAGUUUAG